UCAGUGGAAGGAGGAAGGGCGGGAGGAGAAGUGAGACGAUGCAGCUAGCGCACAGACGGAAAGACCUUCUCACAUAGAGGACAGAGGAACAGCAACCAUGACAGCCUCAUUGAAGCAGCUCCCCAUCCAAAUCCUCCUGAUUAUGGCAUCCUGCAGACACAUCAGCUCAAAAACUGUAGGUCCAACAACACCGCCACUGGUUCCCAUCAACCCCCUGCAAAUGGACACCAGGAGCGUUGUCCUCAAAGGUGAGAAUAAAGCUGAGAGAGUUGAACUGCAGAAUCCUGUCAAUCUGUCUCUGGAGUGUAUCUGGACUGGAAACCAGAAGAAACAGCUCAACAUCACCGGUUACUGGAGGAAAGAUGGGGUGGAAAUUCAGGACAGCCGAGUCACAGUGAACCUGGAGAACCAGCAGUACAAACUCAAGCAAACGUUCAGCAUUGUAAAUCAGGAAAGCCUUGGAAAUUACACGUGUGUGUUUGGAAAUGAAGCAGAGCUAGAGUUUAUUCUCUCAGCUCCUCAGGUCGGAGAAAAGAGAGAUAAGCCGGUUGUCUCCUAUGUGGGUGACUUUGUGGUGCUGACAUGUAAGAUGGAGGAAACCAAACCUAAACCAAACACUUGGAACUGGUAUAAGAACAACGGGACUCAUAAGGAGGAGAUAUCUGAGGCCACAGAGCCUCACCGCUACCUCAUCAGCAAUGACAACUGGAAGACCAAGCUGAAGGUGAAGAAUGUGAGCGAAGCCGACUCCGGCCUGUACUACUGCGGCGCCGUGUAUAACAUCAGCACCAGCAUGAGCAGCGUGGAGCUGAAGGUAAUCACUAUCAUGGAACCAUUGAAGCCGUUCCUAAGCAUCUUGGUUGAAGUUGUCAUCCUGGUCGCUGCAAUUCUCAUCUAUGAGAGGAGUCAUGCUAAGAAAAAGGAAACAGAAGCUAAUGGCCCUAAUUCUGAUCCAAAGAACACACAAUCCCAGGGUGAAGAUAAUGCAGCAGAGGAAAAUGCUUCAGUAAGACAGCGCAAAGCCUGAAGGACAUCUGCAGAAAUCAUCUAUAACAUCCUGCAUCUAUCAGAUGUUUCUUUUAUUUUUUUUGAUGUGAGCAAUAUAUAAACAGCUAUUUUUACACCAGCUAAGUGCAAUGGCCACCUUUUAAUCAAGUUUCCUUUGCAUUACACACACUCACAAGCUUCCUGUUUUUUUAAUGACUCACCCACCUUCUUUUUUUAUUUUCCCAUUGCCACGGAAGGACUGAAGCAUUUUGGAUUCUCACUGUCAGUUUGUUGAGCUUGAGGUUUCUUUCACAGGUUUCCUCUUGCAGCGUCUGCUGUGAACGGAAAUGUUUUUUUUUCACCUCACCCCACCUCUGAAGCUGCUUUACUGUGGUUUGUGAGCGGUGCCUUAACACUGUCAAAAAGCAACAGAAUAACUGUUCUCUGCAGCAGCAGGGAAUUUAUUUCCCUCACCUUAAACAUAGGUGUGUCCAACAAGUUUAUUAACAUGAGCUGCCAAGGUAGUGUCCAUAUCCAGAUACUUGUGCGUCUUUGUCGUGUUGAUGUUUUGGAAAAUGUAUUCAUUCCUCAUUGUAUAUGCAAGCAAUAAAUUUAA